AUGUCAAGAACUUUGCAAGUGCUCACGAUUGAGCCUUCCCAUGAACUUAUCUUCAAAGGUCCCUUUAAUGACGUGGUGACUUGUCAGAUGAGGUUGACGAACCCUACAGAACGUCAAGUUUGCUUCAAGGUAAAGACAACAGCUCCAAAACAAUACUGUGUCCGUCCGAACUCGGGUGUUCUCAAUCCAGGAGAAAUGUGUAAUGUAGCAGUUAUGCUUCAGCCAUUUGAUGCAUCCAGUAAUGUUGAAGUAGAGCACACAAAGCAUAAAUUCAUGGUGCAGAGCGUUUAUGCACCACCAGGCGAUCUCUCCUUGGAUAGUAUUUGGAAAAAUGCACAGCCUUCCGAACUUAUGGAUUCAAAGUUGCGAGUCGUCUUUGAGUAUCCCCCUGCUGCGGAAUACAGAGGCGACAAAACUCCUCCUCGAGUGUCCUUGGAAUCAAGACCUGCAACUGGUGGAUAUCCUGCGAAUAUGGAUGCGGAAGUGCGUCGUGUAAUUGAAGAGAAGAAUAGAGUAGAAGCUGCGAAGGCCAGUUUGGAAAGGGACAAUAAUAACCUUAAGGCUCGACUUGCUGCACUUGAGGCUAUUCCUCAAGUCACAGGUAGUCAUAUGUCAGAAGGUGGAAUCACAAUUCUUCAGAUGGUGCUGAUUGGAUUUGCUGCCCUUAUGCUUGGACUCAUUUUUGGCAAACUAUUCUGA